GGAGUCGGCUUUAAGCAGUUGCCUGUCUGCUCCUGGUAGGGCCCGGCCCGGCCCGGCCGCCUCCCGCCUGGCUGAGCGGCUGAGAGCGGGCGGUUGGGCGAAGCCAUGGAUAUAACUAAGGGCUCCAGGAGUAUAAACUCCAUUUGCCCUCUUUCUCCUUGCGGCUCUGGUGAUCCAGGCCAGUCCUAACUGUGUCACUUAAUACUGCUUAUUUUUUCUGUGCUCUGCUGGUCUUGGAAGGAACAGCGUGUGUGUGUGUCCCUGUGGUGAUUUAUUGCUUUUGUUGUUUUUUUUAUUUUAUUUUUAAAGAAUGUCAGUGAAAGGUGCCAACUCCUUGACCUUCAGGGAGUGUACGCCUCCACCUGUUUGAAGAGUUCCCCAGUGCACCACAUCUGUGCUGAUGCUCAAAGCCAUCUGCUGGGGCUGGGCCUGCUGGAGCCUCCGUGAUAAGAGUGCAUGUAUGAUGCAGCCUGUUCAGCCUUGAAGUGCCUCAUCCUGGAGACAGAGGGCCAUCAAAGGGAGUUUGUUAAAGCUGAUUUUGGAGCAACAGAUAGUUUUGACUUGACAACCCCUUCCUCUGCAGACCUCAGCCACAGCCUUAGAUCCAGGGUGGAUCGCCCCUUUGGACCCCCUCAAAGCUGAUGGGUGUGGAUGAGCCACCCUUGGCAUCACGCCUCGUGUGUGUGACUCAGACGGAUUCUGCUUGUCUGAAGGAUUCCUGCAAGUCCUCAGAGUUGUCCAACCCGCCUGGGCUCAGCACUGGAGCCCGUGAGAAACACACUCAAAGCGAGUCACUCAGUGCAGGCAGCCUUGUUCUCCCUGUGCGGGAUGGACCGCUGCAGGCGGGGACUCGGCAGUCACUCUCUCUGCAUGCCCUUACUGUCCUGUCGGGUUGAAUCCAGGAUGGCUGCUCAGAGCUCAAUGGAAGGAGGUCCCCAUGGACCUUUUGUGUAUGGCGCAACGCUGCGUUUCUUUUUUGCUUAUUCGAGUUCCAGCCAGCUGGCCUCACGCUGUCUUUGUUGUGGGAAAUGGUCCUCAUGAAGUCAGGGGAGUUGGGCUUGGGGCAUCUGGGAAGUCCCCUGGCUUCCACUGUUGGAAGGUGUCUGCUCAUUUUGAAUGCCUCUGGUUUUCGGACUUAAUUGGACCCACCCAAGGGCUAGGUUUUUUUUUCAGAGGCACUGAAUGCCUCAGUACCUCCUACUGAUAGUAGAUAGUGUGGUGAGAGAUAGGCAUCUCUGAUACUCGAGCUGCAUUAGCCAAGGGAGACCCCACAUCCUUUUAGCCUCCAGGGCCUUCUAUCUUUCUAGUUUGCAAAGCUGGAUUAUUUAUUUAUUUUUAUUUUUAAAUCUGUCCAUGAGAGCUUUAAGAUGAGAAUCUAAACAAGAAGAGGGUUUUUUUGGAUGUGAACUUGGGUAUCUGUGCCAAUUUUCCCCAUGUGCAAGAUGAGGGGGCUGCCAUCUUCCUUACUCAAUGGUAAGGUAAAGCUGUUGGAGAUCUUAAGCUUUUGGUGCAAGAUGUAAGUGGAGCAUAGGACCUCAUGAAGCUGAUCCUUUGUGGAGAGCUCUUUGGAAGAUCCUUUUCCCAUUAAGCUAUUAAUAUCUCAUCCAGCAAGUUUGGGUAAAGCUGGGAGGUCCCAGAAGUCUGAGAGAGGGGGAAGCCACGAGCCUUCUAUGCAUCUUCUCUUUCGGAAGCUUUCAACACAAGUGCAUUUUUAUCUUAAGGCGUGUUUUCGAAAGCCUUUCCCACAACCCACAUUCCUGGCAUGCCCCCAUGAGGGAAAGAAUUAGAGAAAUGAAGGCUGGAAAUGGAACUGGGUGGCGUGUAAUCAGUCCUCUGACCUCCCUUCCCCAUCCUCUGCUGGUUUGGUUCAUUCUCCUGCCCCUCAGGCAAGCUGAGGACCCAUCUGGCUGCUUGGUUUGAUGAAAUGGCCCUGGUGCCUUAUGAGCCAGCUCCCAUGCACAUGAACUACCUUCCUCCCUUCUCUGUGCACAAGUCAUAGCACACAAAAGUGUUGCCACAGACUUCAGAACUGCCAGAGAGGGAUGUCCCCUGCAAAAGUAUAAGGACAUAACUUGGCCCUGGGGAUGGAAACCAUCCAUCAGAGCACAUUAGAGCUCCCCAUGGAGAUGGAGGAUGCCAGUCACUCUGGCACCACCACCUUUCUGAUAGGGUAGGGAGAGAGAUGGAGUCUGAGGCUACGUCCCUCCCCUGUGCUCUUGAUCUGCCCCACUGCUUGGUGCAGGUUCCCUCCACUGCUGCCCCUAGCUCUGAAGAAAGGUGCUUUUUCCCACAUUUUAGCUCUUCAGAUGGGUUUGUCCUUCCUCUUCCUUAUUCCCCACAUCCUAAGGAAGAGAAAUUGCACCCUGCAGAUGAAUGGGGGUGGUGCUGGUGGAGAGCCUGCUGGAGGCUGAUGGCCUCUAAUCCCUUGCCUCCAGGUUCAGAGCAUGGAUACUACUUCCAUACUUUCCACAGGGGCUCCGAGUGAUGCACUGUCAGGGAGCUGGGGCAUGAGGGGUGGCAGGAGAUUCACCUCCAGUCCUUUAUUCCUUCCCAUUUUAGUUGAUCCAAAUGCGGAGACUUCAAUGCCUUCCCUAGAGGAGCCAUCCCACUCUGGUUAACCUCUCAGGCAGGAGGUUAGUGCUCAUGGGCACCAGUUUCCUUGUGCUCAGCCUUGGCUUCUCCUGCAUCUCCUGGACAAUCCUCUCCUGUUACACACCCUCCAGAUCCCCAGACCUGCUUAUCCAGUCUCCUGCUUACCUCAAUGUUUGGCUGAGGACUUGGUUUGAGACGUUCCUGCAGCCGGCAUGGCCACCUCGCCUUCCCCUCUCCCUCUUCCCUUCUGGGCUGAGCAUCACAUCUGGUGAGACCUGUGUCACUCCUGCAGGCUUCUGUCAUCUAGAGAGGACGUGUUGGCUGCCCUGGCUUCCUGAGCCCCUUGAAGCCUUUCCUCAGACCACUGUUGGGAGGGAUGGCCUGCCUGCUCCCUGUUGGAUGGCCCCCACCCUCGUGCCAGUGACUGCUUGUUGGGUCUCUGCUGUCCCAAGGCACCCUCUGGAAAUGCAGCAAAGCCUUCUCUGGUGCCAAUGGUGGGAAUGUGGGCAUCCCACGCCAGUAAAGACCAACUGCCCUCUGGAUGAACACCUAUAUGGGGGCCCUGGAGAAGCACUCCCAGGAAAAAUUUGAAAUCUUCAACCUGGAGAUGAAGAUUGGGGACACCCUGAAGGUCAAGGGCAAGAUAUCCGAAGAUGCUGACAGCUUCAGCAUCAAUCUCGGCUGCAAAUCCUCAGAUCUGGCAUUUCACUUCAGUCCCCGCUUCAAUGAGUCUGUCAUCAUCUGCAACUCCAAGUGCUCCACUGUCUGGCAGGAAGAGCAUUGUGAAAACCACCUCCCUUUCUCCAGGGGCUCUACUGUCAAGAUCAUCAUUGAAAUGCUGGACGACAAGUUCAAAGUGAAGCUACCAGAUGGGCAUGAAAUGGAGUUCCCCAAUAGGCACAGCUACAACAAAAUCAGCUACAUGAGCGUCAAGGGAGGCUUCAGGGUUGUGUCCUUCAAGCUGGAUUGA